AUGAUAACCGUUUAUGUUCCGGCAUUACUAACUUUUGGGCAGUUAAUAACAACGGCAAGAUGCAUCACCGUGAUAAACUACUUUUCCUUUUGGGAUCUAAGUGGGGGGUCAUCAUUGUCCGAUCAAAAUGGAACGAAGAAGAAUAGUAAAAAAGGUCAGGAGAAAGAAAAUGGGAGUAAAAACUUGGAGGAAUAUCUGGAUAAGGUAAAAAUGAACCUGCGAAGUAAAAAAAUGAAUUAUUUAAAGCCCAUAUUUACAAACCCAGAGACGGAAAUUCAUUACUAUCUUAGAAGUGAUGGCAAUUACGAUGAGCUAUAUGCCAAAUAUCCCAUAUGUGAAGCUAAAUACAAAAUAGCAGAUAAGGUGAAAGCCCUUAGUAUAUUCCAUAAAAUGAUGAAUAAGACUAAAAAGCUAGCCCUAGUCAAGACCUGCAUAAUGGAGAUGUAUGGUGUUCUAUGGGUUACUAUUAGAAACACGAACGACAUCAUCUCCGUCGUUGCUACUGUCUAUGGAUACGUACCAUAUAUCUUAGCCUUCCUAAUGUUCCUGGGGUUGUUGCUAACCUUUAACAAGAUUCUGCUUUACUUGGCUUUUAUUAUCCCCAUCCAGUUCACACUGAACGAUUUGGUAUUGAAGAAAUUGCUAAAGAUGAAUAGACCGAUUCAUAGUGCACUUCAGUCGUAUGGAAUGCCAUCCGGACAUAGCUCCUUCUCUUUCACUUUACUCACCUUUAUAUUACUACAUCUAAGGGAGUCUAAGAAGGAUAAGUGGACGACAAUGUCUUACAUCCUUUCCAUCAUUGUACUUUUACCAAUACCUUGGAGUCGUGUUUACAUUGAAGAUCAUACCCUGUACCAGGCUUUCUUUGGCUGCAUCUUGGGAGUCUUCAUCGGUGUUGUUUCCUACAUGAUAAAGAAGCAAUGUUUGAGGCAGAAGGAUAACAUCAAGUAG